ACGAUGAUGAUAAAAAUAAGCAUCACGAUCGUCGCCUUGGAUUUAUGAAGCUAAAGUAAAGUGACUGGAUGGAAAUGGAUGUUGUCGAUCUGCUGCAGCCUCAUCACCUGACUGCAUUGCCCCAUUCCUGCUGGGCCCCUUUUCCCUCUUUCUGCCCAACAUCGCCCAGUCUUUGUUGCAUCAAAUGCAGACCAAUAAUAGAAAAAUGCAUCUCAAGAUGGAUAAAAUACGCUGUUUGCAGGAAUAUAACGAGUCCCACCGCGCCAGAAAGAAAUCUCGACGGAUCGACCGCGAUCUUCGGAUAGACGCAAAGAAGCGGAAGAAGACGCACAGGAUUAUUGUCACAGACUUUGGAGAUCAAAGAGAAUCGCUUCUGCUAAUGACCAAAAUUGAUAUCGUACCUCGUGAUGGUUUUUCUCGCGAUCAACUUCUUGCUCAUCGAGAUACCGUCCGCAAAGCCAUUUUGAACAUGUCCCAGGAGGUGGUGAUGCGCAUGAUUAAAAAUGACUCGUACGAUGCAGAGCGUGGCCGUGAUGAUGCCCUCAAACCCCAGAAAGAAGAUUUCUAUCGACAUUUUCGGCAUAUUGAGCCUGAUGGGCCCAUGGAUAUCACGCCGGAUCUUGUUGCUGCCAUAUCCAGACUCUACACAACCCCAGAGCUUCUGUCCUGCGUCGAGCUCAGUGCCCUUGGAGUGUUCCACUGUUCUUAUCUUCCAUACUUCUAUCGAGAUAUUCAACGAAUCGCUCAGCCAGACUACAUCCCCACUGAAUCUGACAUUGUUAGAGCUGUUAGAUCGACGUGCCUUCGGUUCCUUACGGGGGCACAAGUCGCCCUAAGAAUUGAGAAUCGAGAUUUAAAUCUCAUCUCUCUUCCCAGACGCGGGGAGAGGAAGAAAUGGAUCCAUAUGUUUGAUGACUGUACAGCGAUUACUUUCAUCGUGGAUAUGACACCCUAUGACGGAAUAAUAGAAUGCGAGCUUUUAACAGAGCUUACCAUUCUCUUAGAAACAAUAACCAAAUCUUCAUAUCUUCCGCAGCGCCCAGUAAUCGUGGUCCUAAACAAUUUGAGCGCUUUCAAAGAGAAACUCAUUCGAGUUCCGUUUAGCCAAUAUUGUUCAGGUUAUACGGGAGACGACAACGAUGUCGAGAGUAUCGUUGGAUACAUUCUUCAGCAGCUCAAACUAGUCAACCAAGGAAGGAACAAAAUUUAUCCUUAUCAGGUUGAUUCAAUAGAUUCCAUCAACUGGGCUUAUAUCUUGAAGGAUAUUAAUGAACCGAAACGCAAUUCAAGGUAAAAGAAAAAGGGAGAUAUGAGAUUGUCAUGGGAAUUUCAUCACGGCCUUGUGUAUGAACAUGAUCUUGCACCUUCAUGAAGAUGCUCUAGCCAUCUAUCAUGAAUGUGUCCAGUUCAGCAUUGGUACCUUUGUCGUCUCUGUUCGAAGAGCUAUCUCAGGUCCAGGAUGAAUCGCCAGGGGUAUUUUAAACGCAUGGGUGACUCCUAGCUGGCUCGGUCAAUGACCCUUCAACGCCAAAUUAUGGGAUUAAUCAAUGUACGACCUGCAAUCUUUUGAGGGUCGAUUGAUCGAAAAACAUCUUU